CGCUAACACGUACAUAUAUACUUUUCCAUUCGCGAACUACGUGUCCACUUGCAUCUGUCGAGUAAACUUUACAAAAUGCAUACGGUAUUAACUAGAGGAAAUGCAACGGUUGCCUAUUCGUUAAGCGUUUUGGCAUGCUUAACAUUCUGUUGUUUUAUAUCUACAGUUUUCCUGGAUUAUAGAACCGAUGCGAAUAUAAAAACGGUUCGAGUGCUAGUGAAAAAUGUACCCGAUUACGGUGCAGCAAGACAGAAGCACGAUCUUGGAUAUGUUACGUUCGAUUUGGAGACAAAUCUAACAAAUAUAUUUAAUUGGAAUGUGAAACAAUUGUUUUUGUAUUUAACGGCCGAAUACGAAACAUCAGCGAAUCAAUUAAAUCAGGUUGUGCUCUGGGACAAAAUUAUUCUGCGUGGUGACAAUGCAGUGCUCGACUUCAAGAAUAUGAACACCAAAUAUUACUUUUGGGACGAUGGCAACGGUCUGAAGGACAACAAAAAUGUAACCUUAUCUUUGUCAUGGAACAUAAUACCUAAUGCCGGGCUACUGCCCUCUGUGCAAUCAACUGGCAAGCACAUAUUCAAAUUCCCAGCUGAAUACGCCUCUUCUAUUUAGAAUUUAAAAUCAAUUUGGUUUAGAUGCACUUAAUACAGUUGUAUUUUAAUGUAC